UUCCAGCCCAUCAACCCCAAGCCGUUUUUGAAAACGCUCCUAAACAAGCCUGUAGUGAUCAGGUUGAAGUGGAACAAGUUGGAAUACAGAGGUACGCUCGUGGCCAUCGACAACUACAUGAACCUACAGUUGGAGGACGCUUCUGAAGUAGUCAAGCAGGACGCCACGGAGCCCUCUGAAACCGGCGAGCCUCCCGCCGGCGACGAGGGCGACAAGAUCGGGGACAUAUUCAUCCGAUGCAACAACGUGCUUUUCGUGAGAGAAAACACAAACACGGCUCUGGCCUAG